AUGGCGGGCCAUAAUAACAGCGUUCAUAUGGACCCGGCGCUUGUUCGAUAUGCGAACAUGUACGUCAAACGCCACGAAUUCUUCCGCUGGACACCCAAGACUGCCUGGUUGACCGUCACGUACGUCGUCGCCGUGCCCGCCGCGUUCGUAUACAUGGCCUUUGCGACGGAGGGCAAAUGGGAAUUCCGAGGAAAGCUGAAGGGCGAUACUAUUGCGGAGUUUUAG